CGGUCUUGAAGCUCGGCUCAGUCCGUUCUGGCUCGUGUAGAAGCCGCUUCUUCGUGUCUCCGCAGCGGCGGAGGAAUAAGAUGCGGAACCAGAACCAGAGACCGGAUCAGACCAGAACCAAAGACCGGAUAUCAGAACCCUCCUCCGGUCCCGCACAGCUCGGCCCGCAGAUAGCAUGACAGCAGCGGCGGCGGAGGAGCGAGCGACAGACAGGAGGUCCAGCUGAGAGAGGACGCUAGCGGCACAGCUAACAGCGCGAUGACCGCGGAGGGAGGCGGAACCAUCCGGAGGAGAAUCAAGAACCUGUCAAUCAAACUGAGGAGGAGGAGCGGCACCGCGCGGCACAAAGAAGACCUGAGCGGCAAGGUGACCUUGGAGAAGGUUCUGGGAAUCACAGCUCCAGGAAACCGAGCGUUGGCCUGCGACCCCCAAACCGGCCUGUUGGCUUAUCCUGCUGGGUGUGUCGUCGUCCUGUUGAAUCCUCGGAAGAACAAACAGCAUCACAUCUUCAACAGCUCCAGGAAGGCCAUCACCACGUUGGCCUUUUCUCCAGAUGGGAAGUAUGUCGUCACAGGAGAAAGUGGUCACAUGCCGGCGGUUCGAGUGUGGGCGGUGUCCGAUCGUGUCCAGGUGUCAGAGCUCCAUGAACAUAAGUAUGGUGUCUCCUGCGUGUCCUUUUCUCCAAACAGUAAAUACAUCGUGAGCGUUGGAUACCAACACGACAUGAUGGUCAACGUGUGGAACUGGAAGGUUUGUAUCCUUACUGCUUUAUUUAGCAGUUCAUUUUAGUGUGCGUGCGUGCGUGCGAAAAAGUGUUUGCCCCCUUCCUGAUUUCUUAUUUUUUUGCAUG